GCGGCGGGGAGCCCCGGCCCAGCCCGGCCCGGCCCGGCCAUGCCUCCGCCCCCCAAGCGGGCCCGGGAGCCGGCCGAGCUGGAGCAGCAGCGGCGCCAGGAGCAGAAGCGGCGCCGGCGGGACGCGCAGCAGAGGCAGCAGCUGCAGCACCUCGAGUCCUUUUAUGAAAAACCUCCUCCUGGACUUAUCAAGGAAGAUGAGACCAAACCGGAAGACUGUAUACCAGAUGUGCCAGGCAAUGAACAUGCCAGAGAAUUUCUGGCUCACGCUCCAACUAAAGGACUCUGGAUGCCCCUAGGGAAAGAAGUCAAGGUUAUGCAGUGCUGGCGCUGUAAACGGUAUGGACACAGAACAGGUGACAAAGAAUGCCCGUUCUUUAUCAAAGGCAAUCAGAAAUUAGAACAAUUCAGAGUAGCACAUGAAGAUCCCAUGUACGACAUUAUAAGGGAGAAUAAGCGUCAUGAAAAAGAUGUGAGGAUACAACAGUUAAAGAAGCUACUAGAGGAUUCUACCUCCGAUGAAGAUGGCAGUACUUCUAGCUCCUCAGAAUGUAAGGAGAAGCACAAGAGAAAGAAGAAGAAGGAGAAACAUAAGAAGAGGAAAAAGGAGAAGAAAAAGAAAAAGAAAAAGAAAAAAAAGCACAAAUCUAAGUCAAAUGAAAGUUCAAAUUCUGACUAAAAAGUAGUUUUCUUUUAAUCCACCUUGUUACUGCAGAAUCAUAGCUGAAUGUCAUAGUUACUAAAGGAGAAGUAACCACAAAAGGGCCUCAGUUGACAGAAAAAGGAACCAAGAAAUGUGUGUCAUUAGCAUCACUUCUGUGGCAUUUUGCUCUUGCUGCCAACAGUGAUGAAUUCCACAUGAUGUUGAGUUGCUUAUAUGCCACACUACAAGAUUCUUGUUGUCAUCUUCCCUCAUUACUGUAGUUUGUGAUAAAAUUUUUUAAGAAAAUCAAGCAUAAGAUAUGAAGACAUUCUAGGCAUUUCCAAAAGAGAUACCCCCAUGAAAGCAGAGGGUUAGUGGGGCUGUAGGCCGACUUACUUGAAAAUUCUACAUCUUCAGCAGUUGCAAGUGAAUGCUAUCAAGUGUUGAAUAAUAAAACUUAGUUGUCUCAGACUUUAA